AUGUUGACUCUUAUUCUUUUAUUGUUUACAAUAUUGAUUUCUUCCCUUAUAUUUAUUUUUAUAAAAUGGGCUGAGGAAAAAAACAAGUACUGGUCCAAACGUAACAUAAAUUGUCUAAAGCCGAAAUUGUUUAUUGGAAAUCUAUAUGAAGUGUUAUGUGGACGCAAAAAUAUAUCAGAAGUCCAGCAAGAUGUGUAUGAUGCCUUUCCAAAUGAUGAUGUGGUAGGCUUCUAUGACUUUAUAUUUCCUCGUUUAUUAAUCCGUAAUCCAGAAUGGGUGGAGAAAGUUGCAAAGAAUGACUUUUCUUACUUUGUAGACAGAAGGCCACCUCUAAAACAUGUAAAAAAUCCAUUAGCAGUUAAUUUGUUUAGUAUGUGUGGAAACCAGUGGAGAGUAUAUAGGCAAAAACUAAGCCCUGCUUUUACGACCGGUAAGCUAAAGUAUAUGCUUGAUCCUUUAGCAGAAUGUGUAAAUAACCUAUUAACACUUUUGGAAUCUCAUGCUGGAGAGGAAGUUGAUAUGAAAGAGACAAUGGAAUUGUUUUCGAUGGAUGUAAUAGGAUCAUGUGUAUUUGGAAUUGAUCCUGGAGUGACAAAAAACCCAAAUUCAGAAUUCAGAACCAUAGGAAAAACAAUCUUUGAAUUUACUGCAAUUCAGCAAUUUCGAUUUGCUGUGUUGACUAUGCUUCCAAAAUUAGCUAAAAAAUUAAACUUUACAUUUUUCAGACCUGAAGUAGUAACAUAUUACUGCAAUAUAAUUCUUAAUACUCUUGAAUACAGAAAAAAAAAUGGAAUUGAAAGACAUGACUUUAUUCAAAUGAUGUUGCAACUGCAAUCCAAAGGCAAGCUAGAUUCACAGUCAACUGAUCCUGCUGAUGAUGAUCUUAAAACUGAUAAGACACUUGAAGGAGAUGAUGUGCAAAUAACAGAUGAAUUACUUAUUGGUACAGCUUUUGGUUUCUUAACGGCUGGAUUUCAUACUACAGCUUCCUCAAUGACAUAUGCUUUGUAUGAAUUGUCCAGAAACCCUGAAGCAUUAGAGAAAACUAAGCGGGAAAUAAAAGAACAAGUAGCAGUACAUGGGGAUAUAACUUAUGAUUCUCUCAAGUCCAUGACUUAUUUAGAAAAAGUUCUUAAAGAAGCAUUGCGGCUUCACCCAGGAUCACCAUCAACUAUGAGAGUCUGUACAAAGGAAUAUAAAUUUCCCAAUGGACUCACCAUGUUACCUGGUGAUUCAAUCAAUAUACCUAUUUAUGCUUUGCAUAGAGAUCCCAAUAACUUUCCCGACCCCCUCAGUUUCAAUCCUGAUAGAUUUGAUGAAACACCGACUCCAGGGACGUAUCUUCCUUUUGGUGAUGGCCCACGGAUGUGUAUAGGUAUGCGAUUUGCUAUGACAGCUAUGAAGUAUGCUCUUUCUAAAGUGCUGUUGAACUAUGACAUACAAUUAGGUAAAACAAAUGAAACUCCUAUCAGAAUGGCUCCAAGAGGAUUUUUGAACGUACCUAAGAAAGAAGUAAACAUUAAAAUAAUAAAAGUAUAA